AUGAAAGAGAGGGAAGAUGUGAAUAAUAAGGUAAUUGAGAAUAUAGAAAUUGAUUCUGGUGGAGAGGGCAGGGAUGAUGAUUUGUUGAUAAGAGAUUCUGAUGAUGAUUUGGUGAGAAAUAAAGCACCUCAUGAUAAGGGGUUAUGUUCUGAUCAGGAGAGUUCUAUGAAAUGGGAAAAUCUCUCAGAUAAUAUGGAAGGCAUUGAAGGGCCUCUGGUUGAUCAAGAGGUUGCUAACUCUAUUGAUUUCAGUCCUUGGCAGAUGCCUAGAAGUAAUCAAUCUAUCUCUACCUUUUGA